AUGUUUGAUGCCAUGUUCGACGCGUUCGUGUGGGCAAUGGAGAAGGAAGGCGUGAAAGAUUUACCGGUGGUGGUCUCUGAGACAGGAUGGCCGUCCGAUGGGAACGGGGAGUUUACCACGCCAGAUAUAGCGGCUGCCUAUAAUGGAAAUUUUGUGAAGCAUGUAGUAGACGGCAAAGGGACACCAAAGAGGCCUAACAGUGGUGUCGAUGGAUUUUUAUUCGCUACGUUCAAUGAGAACCAAAAGCCGCCAGGGACUGAACAACACUUUGGGUUGUACGAUCCUGUUGACAUGAAACCCAUCUAUAAGCUAUUUUGA